CGCAGUGUGUCUGUGGAAAUAGAAUGAGCUGGAUGUAAUGUGACACUGGAAAAGACAGAGCUGCUGCUGCUCUCAGAUCAUGAGAGAACUCAACACACUUCAACAGCGCAGCGGAUACUGUCACUCAUCCUCCGGUGGGAUUUAACCGGUCAGAUGAGAAACUGAUGGAUUCGUAGCAAAUUCCUGUUCGGUCCUGUGGAUGCAGAACAUACGCAGGGACUGAGUGUUGAUGGCCGUGCGGUAGGGACAGAGAGGGUCCUGCAGGAUGAAUUCUUUCCCGUCCAUGGACAGACACAUCCAGCAAACCAACGACCGGCUCCACUGCAUCAAACAGCACCUGCAAAAUCCAGCAAACUUCCAGACGGCAGCAACGGAGCUGUUGGAUUGGUGCGGAGAUCCACGAGCGUUUCAGCGGCCCUUUGAGCAAAGCCUGAUGGGAUGCCUAACGGUGGUGAGUCGUGUAGCAGGUCAGCAGGGGUUCGACAUGGAUCUGGGGUAUCGGCUGCUAGCCGUUUGUGCAGCAAACAGGGACAAAUUCACCCCAAAAUCAGCAGCAUUGCUGUCCUCGUGGUGUGAGGAUCUGGGUCGACUUCUGCUGCUGCGUCAUCAGAAAAGCAGACAACCCGAUCCAUCUGUGGGCAAGAACCCGAUGCAAGCCAACAUCAACAACAUGAAGCCGGCGCUCUCACAUGGUGAUCCAUCAUUUCAAUAUGACUCCGUCUCCUGGCAACAAAACACCAAUCAACCGCCGGGUUCUGUGUCCGUGGUGACCACCGUAUGGGGUGUGACCAAUACGUCACAGAGUCAAGUGUUGGGGAACCCCAUGGUAAACCCAAACAGCCAUAUGAACCCCAUGACCGGAGGUAACGGGGCUAUGAACCCGGGACAGUUUACUGCACAGCAGCAGUUUUCAUCCAAGGUUAAUGCAAACCAGGCCUACAUGCAGCAGGGGAUGUACGGGAGAUCCAGCUAUCCUGGAGGAGGAGGAGGAGGAGGAGGAGGAGGAGGGUUCGGGGGAAGUUAUGGGGGAGGUCCUAACCACGCAGGUGGGAUGGGCCUGCCUUCACAGACACGCCCCCCUUCGGACUUCAGCCAACCAGCUGCUGCCGCCGCCGCCGCUGCUGUGGCUGCUGCCGCUGCUACAGCAACCGCCACAGCCACGGCGACAGUUGCCGCCCUACAGGAGACGCAACACAAGGACAUGAAUCAAUAUGGCCCGAUGUGUUCCUCCUUUCAGAUGGGACCAAACCAGGCUUACAGCACUCAGUUUGUGAAUCAGCCCGGCCCCCGGGGGCCCCCUGCCCACCCUGGCACCAUGAACAUGGGCCAGCCUCGGGGGCAGAUGCCACAGAUGGGGCCGUACGGGGGUCACCCACAGAGAAUGCCCCAGCAGGGCUACGGGUCACGACCCAUCCAGGGGUUGAAGAGACCAUAUCCUGGAGAGGGGAGCUACGGGCAGCAGUACGGACCAAAUGGGCAGUUUUCCUCUCAGCAGGGGCAGUUCCCGAACCCCGCCGCCACCAGAGGCCUCACUUCGCCCCAUUACCCCACGCAGAGGACACCGGCACAGCCCGGGACCGCAGCACAGUACCAGACCGGCAGCAUGGGACACUUCUACAAGGAACCCAGUAAUAACUUCAACACGGGGAACUUUCAUUACAGCCAGUCCAGCGUGAACGGGCCUCAGCGGUCGAUGGGCAGUUACCCCCACUCCCCGUUACCGGGUAACCCCACGCCCCCCGUGACGCCAGGAAGUAACAUGCCACAGUUUCCAUCACCAAACCAGGACAUAAAGCCCCAGUUUCCUCCCGAUAUCAAACCCAACAUAAAUGCACUGCCGCCCCCUUCAGGUAAUCCUAACGAGGAGCUCCGCCUGACGUUCCCGGUUCGGGACGGUGUGGUUCUGGACCCCUUCAGACUCGAACACAACCUGGCCGUCAGUAAUCAUGUCUUCCACCUACGGCCCACCGUCCACCAGACGCUCAUGUGGAGGUCUGAUCUGGAGCUUCAGUUCAAGUGUUAUCAUCAUGAAGACAGACAGAUGCACACUAACUGGCCGGCGUCGGUGCAGGUCAGCGUCAACGCCACACCUCUCACCAUCGAACGGGGCGACAACAAGACUUCCCACAAAGCCCUGCACCUGAAACACGUGUGUCAGCCGGGCCGGAAUACCAUCCAGAUCACAGUGACGGCCUGCUGCUGUUCGCACCUGUUUGUCCUUCAGCUGGUCCACCGGCCGUCGGUUCGAUCUGUUCUGCAGGGGUUACUGAGGAAGAGACUCCUCACCGCUGAACAUUGCAUCACUAAGGUGAAGAGGAACUUCAGCAGUGUAGCCGUGUCUGUGGCCGGUGCCGGACUGAACGCUGAUGAUGGGGUGGAACAAACGGCCAUCAAAGUGUCUUUAAAAUGUCCAAUCACGUUCCGGCGUAUUCAGCUUCCGGCAAGAGGCCAUGACUGCAAACAUGUGCAGUGCUUUGACCUAGAAUCGUAUUUAGAGCUGAACUGUGAGCGGGGCACAUGGAGAUGUCCGGUGUGCAAUAAAUCAGCUCUGUUAGAAGGUCUGGAGGUGGAUCAAUACAUGUGGGGGAUCUUAAACGCUCUCCAAAACUCAGAGUUCGAGGAGGUCACGAUAGACCCGUCGUGCAGCUGGAGGCCGGUUCAGAUCAAAUCUGAGCUGCACAUAAAAGAAGAUCCAGACGGGCUGAUGUCCAAGCGCUUCAAAACCACGAGCCCCAGUCAGAUGGUGCUGCCCAACGUGACGGACAUGAUCGCUCAGCUCGGCCCGGGAGCGUCUCCAUAUCCUAACCAGAACCAGCAGAACAACAGCACUAACCAGUUCAACAGCCCAGGAAACAGUUUCCAAGGCCACAGUAAGUUUGGUGACUAUCCCCAUGGCAACCCUGCAGCAUCAUCAGUUAGUGAGUUCGUUCAGGGGCCGCACCUGUCACACCCCCCCGCUGACCUGCUGACCUCUGAGAGCGGCCUGACACACGCGCUACGCGACACGGUGCAUCGCCCACUCAACACGGAUCAUUCCCACAAUCCCCUGCAGCACAGUAUGCAUGGUCCACCCAACAGUCAGCCGUUACAUCACAACGCCCCACCACACCCCUGCAGGCCGCCGCCCACCCAGCAGAGCUCCGUCCCCGGCAGCCACAUGCACCCAGAGAUGACCUUUAACCCCUCGCCAGCCAACCUGGAGGGUCAGAGCGGCGCUGACGCACGCGAGGCCUCUUUAGAUCUGCUGCCAGAUCUGAUGAAUCCAGAUGAUCUUCUGUCCUACCUGGAUCCUCCGGACCUUCCCAGCAGCAGCAACGACGAUCUGCUGUCGCUCUUUGAGAAUAACUGAGACUGUCAAACCCUCGACUAGCAGCUCCUCCAUACUUGACAAACACAAAUGCACUUACCGUCGUUUCCUCUUCCUGUACAGAUUUCAAAACCAGCGUGAACAGACGCGUCCGCAGAGGUUGUGCUACAAAUAAUCAUUCAUCACUAAUGCUUCACUGUAAGGUUUCAGUUCUUAACUUUAGUUAACUAUAUUCUAAAGCAUUUAGUCAUCUUAGUUAAGUUUAAGUUCAACAUUCACUAAUACAUUAUGAGCUCUCUGGUGCUCUUCUGUCAUUUUUGACUGAAAAAAAAUUACAUUUUGGGGUUUUUUUCAGAAUUUUUUACUUCAUUGGAAUGAUACAAAACUUGGUAAAGGUAAUUGCGAGUUUAUAUCUCACAAUUCUGACAUUUUUUUCUCAGAAUUGUGAGUUAUAAAGUCAAAAUUGAGUUAUAAAGUCAGAAUUGCAUGAUAUAAAGUCAGAAUUGCGAGAUAUAAAGUCAG